UCAUAACUCAGCUGUUCUGUUGUAAUACCAAUGUCAACACAGUUUUAAUGUCAAGGUUUAGGAAACGUAUCAUCAAAGUACUGUAUGUUCUUUAAUUUGCUCCUUAAGUCAUACUGGCCUGUCUUUAAUGUUUUAGGAGUAUCAAGUAUUGGAAUAUCUGACUGGUAUGGAGAUCCUUAUCGUUCAAUGACUGACAAAUUAUAAAUUGAUUUCUCUAAAGAGUGGACAGUCUUUGCAGUGAAGCAAAAACAGAUUAAAUGUGGUCUCUCUUGAGAUGACCUGUCAGAGACACAGGCUAUAAUAAGAAAAGGGGAGUAAAGUUUGUGAGAUAUGAGGGAGUGAAGGACUUUCACAAGAUUUAAAAAUAGAAGAAAUAACUUUAACAAGAGCCCUAAGUAUGAAAUGGUCAUGGUCAGUGUAAAAUCACUACCUUUAUUAAGAAUUAAUAAAUGCAAGUUUUUAUGUCUUGUAGAAACUUAAGAAAAAAAGUCUGGGAAAUCAAAUGCUGUUCAUACUCGCCUUUCUUUGCCUUUCUAUUUAUUCAGACCUGAAAGAUGAUCAAAAAUGGCUUCAUACUUUUUCCAAUUUUUUUCAAAACCCUUGUAAAAUUUUGGAAAUGCAUUUUAUAUGACUUGUUAAAUAUUGCUAAGUUUACAUUGUUGCUAAUAUUUUGGGUCAAAAAAAAACACAGUGCUGUUCACAUAUGUUUUAUCUAAUACAGCAGCUGAUAAAUUACUGAGUUACUGACACAUCAAGCAGCAGACUUUACAGGUUUUGUAUGAUCCUAAUGUUAGAAUACAAUAACAUUUUUAGCAGUUCAGUUUCAUUUAGGGAACAUGAAUUUUUUACAUAUCUUAUAUGUGUACAUCUCGGGUUACAGCCUGCAUACUGGUUAGAGCAUUAAAGAAAUAGAAAUGUAAAGGAUUUUUUUUUUUUUUAUCUAGAAAAAAUAAAUGAUGUUGCUUCUGCCUCACAUAAAAAACCCAAACCAGCAAAGAUUUGGUUGAAUAACCUCCACCUGAGUCAGUGUUUUUUCUUCUUUCUUGCUGGUGAUUUCAAACAUGCUUCAUUAAACACUGAUUGCUAUAUUGGACCUGCAAUUGCAUUUGUUAGAUCUUCUAAGGCACAGGUGACAAGGCCUUGUGCUGCAUGGCAUGAUUCAUUCAGAGCCAGGUUUAAAAACGGGCACUUUUGUUCGGCAGGCUCUUGUGGCGGAAGAGAUAAGAGACGUCGCAAAAGGCCUUUGAGCCACAAGCUUCAAUAACAACUUCAAAUGACCUUUUAUUUACCACUUUGCUAUGAAUGCUAGCAAUUGGCCUUGUUUUCCCUCCCAGCCUACCUGUUUCCUUCCAAUUUAUUUCCGUGUGAUGUCCCGCCCUAAUUCUGUGGUCUGAUGUUACAGAUUUUUUUAUUUUUCCCUCCCUGUCCUUUACCUGCACCCUCUCACUCCCCUCCAUUUGCAUGGCAACCCUUCAUCAGGCAGCUGCUGCUUAUUUCUUCCUUCAUUUUGAAUUCUAAUCAUUUCUUUCAAAGGAAAGCAUCUUUAAAGCUCCUUCAUCAAGUGUCCACACUGGGAGCAGGCAAGCGGCCAUCUAACACCCACUCAGGCUGCUCUCCUUCUUAACACAUCACUACUGUUGAUGGGGCGAAUAUUUGUUUGCAGGCUGCUUCUUCAAGUUUGGACAGAAUCGAAAGAAAAGCAGGAACGAGAGAUAACAUGAGGUUGAUCCUGGUUAAACCCACCAAUGCAACAAGACGUCUUGACUCAACAGGUGAAGUCUUCCAAGAUGGAGAACAUCAGCACUGUGCUACAGGAGGUCCUGAGGAGAAGCACAAUCCAUUCUCUGGAAGCCCAGAGAAAGCAUCUUCAUCUCCUCAGAAGAGUCGCUGCUGCGCUUCAUCUUCCCUCCAUGAGAAGUCAAAUGGAAUCAAUCCUCCGAGAGGCUCAGCUCAGAGGUCGCCUUCAAAAACACAGAACCUUUUGCUGUCACAGCUGAGUGACCAAGACUGGCAGCUGCUUUGCAGAGAGGAUCCUCCCUCAGCAGGAAGAGUGGAAGACAUUAUGGAAAAUCCAAACCAUACGGACAGAUGUGGCUGCCCCUGUCCUGAUGCUCUCCAACAUUUUGACAUCUUAAGUUUACAGCCACAAUCAAAUAAAGAAAGGGUCCCAAGAGGCAGAACUAAGAGAAGCAUUUCAUCACCUCAUACCCUGCCUUUCCUUGAAAGUACACACCCAACCACCACUUGCCAAGUUUCAGCACAGCAAACAAAUCACAAAGAUCUUCGCAAACCUCCUACAAACCACCCGAGGAACAUCAUCGUGCCUCAGUGUUCUGGCCAAGAUGAACGGCAUUGCAAUCAUCCAAAAGUCAGAAACUUCAGCCAAGCAACUCAUUCUAAGUUGUUCAACAAUCCUUUAAACUCAGGUCAGUGUGCUAUAAGAAAUAAGAAACUCUCUGCACUCAGUUUAAAUGUCAACUGGAGAGACCUUUUUGGCAAAGAACCACUUUUGGUGGAGCAGCAUCAAGGGAAUGACUCUCACUGCUCCUCAACUGAUGAACAAACAUGGAAGCCAUCUGGAGAGUCAUCUUUUGCACUAAAAUGCCGCCAUCUUUCUUACAAUCGCCUAACCAGAACGCCAUGGGGAAAAAGAUCAGCUACACCAGCCAGUCAGAAAAGUUUCACCUCUUUCUCCACCAGCCAGUGUAGUUUGCUUGAAAACCAAGAUUUGGUGGAGAGAACGAGAGAGCAAGAAAGUCAGGAACCUUCUCAGCAUCUCAGCGGAUCGAAACAGUCACUCCCUAAACCCUGCCCUCCACUUCCUGAUACCUUAGAAAGUGGCAGUGUCCAAAACGGGGAUGCAGUGCGACCGCUCAGCAGCCUGGGCACUUUAAGCUCUAGUUUUGCAGAUUUUCCUUCAGACCAGCAGCAACUUCAGCUGCUUCAUAGUGCCAUUCUUGAGGACGCCUUCUCCAAGGUCAUCGGAGACGACUCCAGUAAGGCCAACAGUGAGAACCUGAUCACAACAGAGGGAAGCAAACCACAGAAGAAGACCAAGGACAUCAGCUACCGGCUGGGUCAGAGGAGAGCUCUAUUUGGGAAGCGCAAACAGUUGAGCGACUACGCGUUGGUCUGUGGGAUGUUUGGUAUCAUCGCCAUGGUGAUCGAGACAGAGCUUUCAAGAACUUUUUACACUAAGGAAUCCAUCUAUUCUUAUGUGCUGAAAGGGUUGAUCAGCAUUUCCACUGCAAUUCUUCUUGGACUCAUUCUGAUGUACCAUGCAAGGGAAAUACAGUUGUUCAUGGUUGACAAUGGGGCAGAUGACUGGAGGAUCGCAAUGACCUUUGAGAGGAUCCUCUUCAUUGUGUUGGAGCUUCUCAUCUGUGCCAUCCAUCCAAUCCCAGGCCAGUAUGUGUUCACCUGGACUGCCCACCUGGCCUUCAACUACGCAGCAUCUGUAGAUGCCGAUGUAGACAUCAUCCUUUCUGUCCCGAUGUUCCUACGACUCUACCUGAUCGGACGUGUCAUGCUGCUGCACAGCAAGCUGUUCACAGAUGCCUCCUCACGCAGCAUCGGGGCCCUCAAUAAGAUUAAUUUCGACACUCGUUUCGUCAUGAAGACGCUGAUGACCAUCUGCCCCGGGACUGUCCUGCUGGUCUUUAGUGUCUCCUGUUGGAUCAUUGCAGCGUGGACAGUGCGUGUAUGUGAGAGUAGGUAUCAUGAUGCACAAGAAGUAACAAGCACCUUCCUGGGAGCAAUGUGGCUGAUCUCCAUCACUUUCCUGUCCAUUGGCUAUGGAGACAUGGUCCCUCACACCUACUGUGGGAAAGGAGUUUGCCUCUUGACAGGGAUUAUGGGAGCUGGUUGUACAGCUUUGGUGGUGGCUGUUGUUGCAAGGAAGUCAGAGCUCACAAGAGCUGAAAAACACGUCCAUAAUUUUAUGAUGGAUACUCAACUUUACAAAAAGAUAAAAAACACAGCAGCAAAUGUUUUAAGGGAGACUUGGCUCAUCUACAAAAACACAAAGCUGGUCAAAAAGAUUGACCAUGCCCGUGUGCGGCAGCACCAACGGAAAUUCCUGCAGGCCAUCCACCAACUGAGAAGACUCAAAAUGGAGCAAAGGAAGCUAACUGACCAGGCAAAUACUGUUGCUGAUAUCGCAAAGACUCAGAACAUGUUGUACGAUUUGGUGUUAGACCUUCAGCAUCGAACCGGGGAGCUGGACAGGAGGAUCAUGGCUCUGGAAGAGAAACUGGACUCUAUCCUUGUCAGAGUGCAGUCGCUACCAGUUGUUCUAUCUCAAGCAAUAGCAAAACUACAAAAAGAUUUCCUGGAUGACUUAGCUUGCCGCGUUCACUUCCUGUCGUCCUCACUGAGCUCGGAGUGCUGUUCAGCACAUCCCAAGCAAAUUUGUCCUGGAUCAAGCACACCAGAGACGCCAUACAGCUGAGAGGCCUCUGUGAGUUUCUUAAUUUUUCAUAUUGGUUGGAACUGUACCAAAAACCAUGAUUAUUUCCCUUUAGAGGUGGAAUAAUAGGCCUGUUUAUUUUCAUCCAUGUGGAUGAAAAUAAAUAAAUUGAUUUAAAAAAAAAACAUUGUUUUGUUGUGUAGCAUUUUCCUACCUCAGGAAGGCUAACUUUGUAAGUCUUUUGCUGUUAUUCAGUAGCUGAAAUCCUUCAGCAAUUGAAACGAGACACUGCAAGUAUUGAAUGAAAUCUUGAAAAACAUUAAUAUUUAGAGGUUAACAUUACAUAUAUUCAAACUCAAGAAGUAAAUAAAGUUUUUUUGUUUUGCGUCGUAAAAGUUCAAGAUGUCAAGUUUCCUAUGUGGUUCUUUGUUCAUUUUCAAGAAAGGUAUAUUUUAUGUAAGUAUCAAUGUAAGCAUAUUUAUUUUAACAUACACAAGAAGUGCUCUUAGAAACCACAAUACUCUCCCAGAACUGUUCUGAUGAUCCAACUUAAAUCCAAUGCCUUUGUGAAUAUCAGGGUAUUUAUAAGAGGGGCCCCUCAUACAUUUACACUACUCUUGUCCAUCAUUCUUACCAAAGUGUUUAUUAAUUUCUUGUUUUGUUUCAUCUAUAAAUGGCUUUUCCUAAAAUGUAGCUGUUUAAUUUUAGUGCAGUUUUGGGGAAAUUAGCAAAAAUAAAUAGGAUGAAUGCAAGGUGUAUAUUUAUCCAUACUUUUCAUUGUUUAUUUUACUCUCAUUUUGCUUUACUUAUCAGUUUGUGAAGGAAUAAAACAAGGUAUUGCAAAAAUGCUUUACUAAUUAUAGAGAAUUUUAGUUUUGUAAAAUAUAACUGAAAGUGAAAAUUAAUAUAAAUGUUGUAUUUGAGAGUAUAUGG